GAGUAUAUUUGGGUUUUAGAAGAUUCCAUGUGAGAAGAGGAUGAAAAACACAGGCCAGAACUGAAAAUCGUGUUUUCCUUUCAGUCCCAGUCCAGAAUCUGGGUUUUCUAGGGCAGCACGUACACGAUGUUUAUUUGUAAGCUUAUUUGCAUUGUUGAAUUCCAAGCAUGACUACAAUCUUAAAGGGAGGUUUCCAAUCCUAAUUGCAUUUAACGAUACCAAAGAAUUGACCACCUGUUUUCAUUCAGUCACAGAGUUUAUAGUGAAAGAAGGAUGAAACCUACCCCCUUGUAAGACAUUAAAGUGUAAAAUUAUAUUUAUUUUUUAAAAGGUUGCAAUUAUUUCUAGGACACUACAGGAAAUGAUCACAGUCUGUGUCCUCUGGGGAAAGGCUAGAAGAUAACGAUUGUUGCAGUACAGUUACCUUAGGCCUGCUUAGAAUUUUUUCAUUGUAGUCAAUUAUUUGACAGAAAGAAGUUUUCUUGUGCCUCUUAAGAUCACCUGAAGCUGGUUGCCUUUGCUUUCCCUGGCGGACCCUCGGCUCAGACUAAAGACAAGCAUGUCUCUGUGUGAGUGAAUCCUUAAAACCCAUGUCUGGGUGAAAAUUAGCCAAAUAAUGAAGAGAUGCAAAGGGCUGAUGUUCUGUUCGUAUCAUGCCAAGGCUCAUAACUCACAUCCAUGGGAAAGUUUGACUUUUCUAAUUUUAACUUUUAUGUGAUAUUUCUAGAUAGAGUGUCAGUGGGAGUAUGUCCAGAGGCUUUGACGUGAAGGCCAUCCAGAUGCUAGCAAUACAUUUGGACUUCCCUUUAACAUAAUUUGCAAAUAACUCAUUUCCAUCAACAAUAGCUGCCCAGCUUUGACAAACAUUUACCUGCUGGAGUUCCACCCUUCCCUGGGCCUGGCUUUGCACAUCCCCAGAGCCCUUGAGCACCUCCUCAGGGAGGCCUGCCACACCUGCAGGCCCACAUCAGCCAGUGCCCUCACCUUGCUAGAGAGACACAUACUGCAGCUGGCCCUGGAUGUGUGGCUCACUCCAGCCAAGCCCAAGUCCUGGUACGGCGCACAGCUCCAGAAAGACCUGUUUUCAGCUAAAGUGAUGGGCAAUCCCUUCCUCGUGGGGGAGAUAGGCCUGCUUGCAUUCAAGUCUGCAGCAGACGUAGGACAGAACCAAGGCCAAGAUUCUCAUAUGCUGCUCCUACAGACAUUUUCCAAACUUUUGGAACUCUUGACCCUCUGGCAUAGGCUGAUAGAGAUGAGUCUGGGGAGUGUACACUUAGCACAGUCAGUAGGGGGACUGAGGAUGCAGAUGGAGGAUAACAGACUACGGGUCCCCCUACCUGCAAGCCUUGCCCUAUCUGUGCCCCAAGAGUAGCCAGAGUGAGCUUUCUAAAUGGCUGAAAUGAUGACCUCCCUUUCUCCCUCCCUCCAUUGUUUAUCCUCUCACUCAGGCCUCCCCACAUGCCUCUCUGACCACUCAGCUAGGCUGGGUUCUCCUCCAAGCACCCGGGCUUCCUCUUCAUUCAGCCAUUGCCUUUUAAUUAGAUGCUUAAUAUUGGUUUGUUGGUUUUCCUGCUAGUGUAAGCUCCCUAGUAUCCUAUCAGGGGUAUGAAGCCUGACCCUCACUGGGCACUCAGUGAAUACUGAUUGUAUUUGCUCUCAAAUAUAAUGAAGUUGAAAGCAGAGCAGAAGCAAUGGAGGGCCUAAAGAAAGGAAAGAAUGAGUCAGUGACAGCAUCCAGGUCUGGCAGAGGUAUGGAAGGUUUAGCAGGCAGGGGGAGAGAACACUUAGUGAGUUAGGUUUUAGGUAUGAGCGUGAGAUGAUGGUAAGACAUUUAAGUGAACAUGUUCCCCAAACUGGAAAAACAUGGAACUUGAAGAUUUGUUGCAAACGUGUAUGAGUUCUUUUGUGUUCUGUCCCCAUGAGAGGCCCUGAAGACGCAAAGAGUCCAAUCAUCAACCAUCAACCACUGUCUAGGGCCUAGUGUGGCCAGGGUCUGUACUGGGGACUUUACAUGUACUAGUUCAUGUACUCCUCAGAAUAUUCUUUUGAUAUGAUAGCUUUAUGAUGUCCUUAUGAUAUAUUAUGAUAUGAUAGCUUACAAACAUGUUACCAGCAGGAAGGUAGAGGCUCAGAAAAAUUAAGUAAUUUGCCUAAGAUCAAAUAACUAGAAAGUAGUAGAAGCAGAAUUCAAACCAUGAGCCCAGAUAUUAUUAACUGCUAUGAUACUACCUCCUCAUAAUUCCUGAUCCUUGUUCUCAGGGAGUUCACAAUGUAAAAGUUCCCCCUAAUAAAGUUUAGUAUGAUAUUUUAGUCAUAUGAACAAAAUACUAUGGGAGCACAGGAAAUAGUGUAUUUCACUCUUUCUAAGUGAAUCAGAGAAAGUUCCAUAGAAAAGGGCCUAGGGAUGAUUGUGUAACUCCAAAAUUCAUAUGUUCAAGCUCUAACCCCUAGUACCCCAGAAUGUGACCUUAUUUGGAGAUAGGAUCUUUACAGAGGUAGUCAAGUUAAAAUGAAGUUAUCAGAGUAGGCUCUUAUCUAAUAUAACUGGUGUCCUUAUAAGAAGAGGUAGUUUGGACACAGACAUACCCAGAAGGAAUACUGUGUGAAACCACAAGGACAAGAUAGCCAUCUAUUAGCCGAGAAAGGCCUAGAACAGCUCCUUCACUCAAAACCCUCAGAAGGAACCAACCCUGCAACACUGAUCUUGGACUUCUGUCCUCCAGAACUGAGACAAAUUUCUGUUGUUUAAGCCCCCAGUUUAUGGUACUGUUUCACAGCAGCCUAGCAAACUAAUACAGGUGCCAUUUGAACGCAGCCUUAAUGUACCAAAUUCUCAAGAUGAAGACGUGUGUUAGAAUGGGGGUAAGAGAGGAAGGGAAGGCAUUCUAGACACAGAAGCCUGAAAUGCCAGAGCAACAUCUGAAUGGAUCCUGGCUGCAAGCCAUGGACACAUGAGAGUAGAGCUCAGAGUUGAAGCAGGACAGAGAUGGGGUCAUAGGUUCUUACACAAGGGGGUGAUGGUUAGGGCCUGGAGUUGGAUGACAGACUCCCUAAGGAGGGCAUGGAGAAGGUGAGAAGAGGAUUAGGUUUAGAACACCAGGAAACAAGUGUUGAAAAUAAAGAGGAGAAGCCAGAAUGUAGCAGCAGCAAUGGUGGCGGGACGGGGGCAGCAGUGCUUGGCUGCUUAGCCAGUGCCCUGGCAUGGGGUGGGUGCAGCUCUUUGUGGUCCACCAGAGCCACAACCGUGUCAUCAACAGCCCGGGGGAACGUCUAGCAGGGGCUGUGCACAUGCGACUGGCGCCACUGCCCUUCCGAGCCAUCCAGGUGACCCGCAUGGGGUCCUGCAGUGUCUCCAACAAGGUCAGUGACAUGGCAUGGGUGGUAGAGGAGGGCUAUUUCAACAACCAAAAAGAGGAGAAGCCAGUGAAGACUGAGAGAGAGUAGUCAAGAGGCAGAAGCAUGGAGAUCCUGGAUCCAGGAGAACAAAAAUGUUCCUCAAGGAGGAGACAGGCCAACCAUGAGGAGCUCUGAGAAAAAAUGGUGAACCUCCUAUUGAGGGCAAUAUUGGUGACCUCAGGAGGGCUCUGAAGAUAGAAGCCAACUUGUAGGAAAUGAGAGUUGAGGAAGUGCCCAAGCAUAUCUCCUCCCACCUUAACUACUGUCUUUAACUGUCAGAGCUUAGGGCAGACUCAAAACCCUUGUGACUCAUUCACUUCACACCGGACUUGGCUUACUUUUGUUUUGACUUUUGCUUUUGUGCUUAUUCAGAUGGUUUGGUUUUCUUACCACUUACUUUCCUUUUAGGGGAAAAUAAUAGCAAAUGUUCUUGGCUUUUUUUUUUUCCCCUUUUAGUCUUAUAAGGACUUGGCAUGUGAGAUGGGUUUUGAAGAGUUCCAUUUGUAUCUGAGGCCUGUUCACUUUGAAUUUGCAUCACACGAAGACAAGGUGGUCCAUCCACCUCCUGUCUUUAUGAUCUCUCUGCUGGAGGACAGUGACCACAUAGAUAGGGAAACCUGAUGCUGUCCAGAUACAGAGCAAUUAGGCCUGGAGCCUGCCUUCAUGGGAUGAAACACUGCUUAUGGACAGACCAAAUUCAGGCUUGUGGCUGAGGAGCAAGGAUCUCAACAUAUCCAGCAGUUUGAUCCAUACAUUUACAUGUUGACUCUUGUUCCAUCGGGAGUGGAAAAUAUGCAAGUGACCCUUGCAUGCCAAGCUACUCAGAAAAAUGCUUUAAUGGUGGCUGUCCAGCAGGCGUCCUUCUAUCACACUCCCUGAGGGGCCCGUCAUGCUGAUGUCAAGGAAAUAACUUUCUCAGGUCUGAGAAAUCAUAGUGGAAUGGGUCCAACCAGAAGAAGAAAUUCCAGAAUUGUGAAUGGCAUAGAAAGCAUGCUGUUAGCUGCAACUCCAAAAGUCCCAGACACACUUAUUCAUCCUUCAGAAAGAUUCCAGGCUACCAAAAGGGCUCUGGAAGCUUUCGUGUCUAUUCAACUAGAAAAGGUGGGGCUGCGGGACAUUAUGCUGAACGCCUUCCUCCUCAGGAAACAAGCCAUGGCUGCCAGAAUGAAGAACCUCGAUGAAAUUGGGAAAGUCAAGAGAGAUGUUAUAGCUGAAUAUUGCCAGAAAUUCAACCGCCACAUGUCUCACUAUGCUCUUCGGGGGCAGAUCAUGGCAUACUGCAACAGCCUGAGAGCCCUGCUGGACGAUUUCCCUACCAUCAGAGAUACCUUUUUCGUGGUGGGACAACCACAAGAAAAGAAGGGGUCGAGGGACUCCAAGGAGGGCCUCAAGCCUGACCCCAGGAGUUUUCAGCCCUGGCCGCGAUGUUUGCUGCCUGCUGAUGGGAAAGUCUUCCUCAAUUUAUGGUUCAUACCCCAUCCUUCUGAAGUGCUGAUUAUGUUCAAAACUCUGCCUGAAAAGGUAGCUUUUAGAGCCUUAAAGCUAACUCUACAGCUGAUAGCCCGUCUCCAUGACAUUGUGGCCUACCUCUUCAGUUUGGCUAAACUUGGAAAUCGUCCAAAUUUUGAAUUUCCUCUAAGUCCUAACCCUCUGAGAGACGACUGGGGAGGAACUAAGGGUAUUGGGUCUGAGCUUCAAGAGCUGCAGAAAAUGAUUGACAGCCUCCAGAGACCCCAAGACCCCACUGUGGUGUCCCAGGUCCUCCUCCUUCAAAGGGAGGUUAUGUUUCUGCAGUUUGAUGCUGCAGUGAGGUACCUCAUCCGAAGAACAUUUUUGGCAGCUGGAAAUGCUCCUGCCUACCAGUCUGUCACAGAUGACAUGUAGCAUGGGUUGCCGCCACUGAGCAACUCUCUCAUGAAGAGCAUGUUUGCUUCCCAGCUCAGCUUGCCACAGCUGCUGGAUCCACAGAGCCUCCAGCUAUGCCUCUGUAGGCUGAGUGACCGUGACCUCAAAGUGGCUCAUGGAGAGCUGGCGGACAAGCAGCUGCUAAUGGAAGAUGUCCUUCUGAGUAACUAUCAUAUGAUCAUGGAGCGUCUCCCAGGAUGGCAGGCCACACUGGACAAAAAUACACAGCCAGAUUUGUCCAGAGUACAAGGAUUCAGAAGUCGGUUCCAAAGCAGCCCAAAGACCUCCAGACUGCUGGGGGGCCCGUGUGAUGCAGUGAUGUCCCUUGCUUUGCUGAGAUCAUUUCUGGUGCUCUGGAAGCAACUGGAAGCGCUAAAGGAGCACUGGGGCCAACUCAAGCUGUGAGGCCGGGGCAUCAGUUCUCGGAGCUCUAUGGAACUCACAUUCUCUACCCUAGCAUGAAAGCUAUAGCUAGGCGGAUCGGGAAAGAAGAUGAAUUUGAAGGACUUACAAUUAGUAGUAAGUCUACUCUUCUCCCUAAAGGAGCUUCAGAAAUUGAAAUAAAAACUCAGCAG